CGCGAAAAAACAAAGUUCAUUGACUUCCCGACGCCUCCCGAUGCCAUGGUAGCGGGUCGUCCUGGUGCGAGAGGCCUUCAACCGGAAGCGAGAGGGGCGAAGAUCAAUCUAUGCGCAUUGUUCGCGCACACGACGCGAUUACCGCGAGUCGAUUUCCGGAAGGUGCCGGGGAUUUGGCGUCCCGAGCGCUGAGCGCCGAUGAUUUGGACUGGCGCUGGCAACAGCUGCAGGCGGAGGCAGUGCUGCGACUGCGGAGCCUCAGCGGCAACUUGGCCAAGUGGCGCCGCAACGCCGUGGCGCCCGUGGCCGUGGCACGGCGCGUGAACCGAAGCCCGAGGCAGAGCCGCUGGCACCAACGGCGCCGGGCCCGUGCCGCCUCUCGGGCACUCAACCGGUGGUGGCUCUUUUGCGAAAGGCGGCGGGAGCAGGCAAAAAUCACCGCCUCCCAGAUAGCGCUGACGCAAAAGGUCCGGUGCUUCAAGCGCUGGCAGCGCUUGGUUCGCAGGCCCUUUGCGCCGCCGGCCAGGUCCAGCCCGGCGAGUGGUCCUUUCAUGGCGUGGUUCGCGGAGACGAGGAGGAGCGCUCGGCAGCGGCAUGCCCUGCGGCGUUGCUUUGACGUGGAGGCCUCCCUGCUGCUGGCUGCGCUGGGCGGGUGGCGGGCAGGGGCUUCCAGGCAGCGCGCGCUCCGCGCGCGGGCGGAGGAGCUUCGCUCGCUCUCAAGAGCAAAGCGCCAGCAGCGGGCGGUGGCUGCCUGGGCGCGGGCGCAGAAGGUGCGGCUUCUCCACGUGGCGGCAGUGGCAUUGUCAGGACAGUUUCUGCAGGCGGAGGUCCUAGCGGCGUGGCGCCUGGCGGCUGAGGAGGCGGAGCAUGCCGCCCAGUGCGGGUGGGCGCAGCGGGCUCAGCGCCGCGCAGUGUCCAGAUGGUGGGCUGCGUCCCUUGGUUCUCGGCCGCUGCGGGGGCGGGUCUGUCCCAUGCUCCAUGCGCUGGCCCGCGCCAGCCAACUGGCGCAGCGCCGCAGCUUGCGGCGCGCCGUGCGCCUCUGGCGGCGCUUCGGGGAGCGCAGAUGUCUGUGGCAGGCGCUGCGGGCAUGGCGCGCCUGCGCAGGCGUCCAGGCGCGCCUGCGGGAGCUGGAUUUGGGCCUCGGCGCGGCGCGCCAGGCGCGCACAGCGCGCCACAGCUUCGAGCUCUGGCGCUGCUUCUGGGAGGCGAGGCUGGGGUGCCUGGCCACGGUGGUUUUCAAGGAGGAGCUGAGCACCUCCAGCUUGCAGCUGCGGGCGCUGCGCGCCUGGCGACUUCUGGCGCGGAAGAAGCAGCGAGCCAGCUGCGCCGGGGCGCUGGUUGCGGCGCAGGGGCUUCGGCGGCUGCUGUGCCGCUGGCGCCGCGCCCUCGGCCAGCAGCAGCAGCUGGCCGAGCUCCUGUGCCGGAGGAUGACGAGGCUGCUGCGCUUGGCGCUGCUGGGCUGGUCCCUGCGCACGGCGGACCAGCUGCUGCUGCGGAAGCGUGCCAGCGCGUUGGGGCGCGCCCUCGCCAGCUCUGCCGCUUCCAGCGCCCUGCGGCGCUUGCACGACCGCGCCAGGAGGCGUCAGGCGGUGCGGCUGGCUGCGGAGUACCUGGCCGAGCGGAGCUGCCGCGGCACGCUGUGGGAAGUCUUCGGCGCCUGGAGCGGCCGGCUGCUGACCUCCGCGCGCUGCGCCCGUGUCCUGUCCGCGCGCAGCGCGCAGUUGCUGCGGCGCAGGGCGUGGGAGGGCUGGAGGUGGUGGCGACGAAGGUGGCAGGAUCUCCAGCAGAGAUCGCGGCGGGUGCAGCUUCGGAGGGCCGGGCGCCUCUGCGGCGCAUGGCGGCGCCUCUUCGCCGCCGAGUCCCGGCGCUGGCCGCGGCUCUUCGCGGCGUCCAGCGCCCUGCGGCGGGGCCUCGGCGCCGCGGCUCCUGCCGCGGCUCCCGAGUCACACCCGGCGGGGGCGAGGACAUUCCAUCGACAUCAGCUGGUGUCUUCGCUGCUGAGUGCCUGGCAAAAUGUCGCCAGUCAGCGGGAGCGCCGGGUCUCCACCGCGCAGAAGCGCGCGGUGGCCGAGCUCUGCCGCGCCACUCAGCGGCUCCGUGUGCUGCGCCUCUGGCGGGAGGCGCGCUGGGCCGAGGCGGCGCUGCGCGCUUAUCGGCGCUCAGGAGGAGGGCGCCUGCCGGGCGCCUUCUUUCUGGCGUGGCGCAGGCAAGCGGAGAAGCGGCGCCAGGAAACCACUGCCACGGAGGAGGCGCGGCGGCUCCUGCUCCGUGGCCGCCUGGCGGCGCCGCUAGGCCACUGGCACCGCGCCUUCUGCGGCAGAAGGCGGCUGGCGGAGCUGCGGCGUGGGGGGCUGAGCCAAGUGUUCCGCUCUUGGCUCUUUGAAGUGAAAGCGGCUCGCCAGCUGACGGCCCUGUUGGCCCACCGGGCCGUCCUCGAGGAUGAUCGAAUGCUCCGGCGGUGCGUGGCGGAGUGGCACCGGGAAGGGCGCAACGGGGCCGCCCUGCGCUUGGUCCGCGGCAAGCGCGGGGCGCUGUGGAAGGCGGUUUUGCUCGAGGGG